UCGUCUCUCUCCUUUCCUCUGUAUCAACCUAAAGCGUACCAACCAACUUUUAAAUUUACCUGAUGAUCUUUCAUUUAUCGCAUUUGCUCUACUUUUACCCCAUUUACAAGCAUGACUGCAGAAAUAGUGCAGUGUAAGAGGUGACUUGCAGCACAUCAACAUCAAGGUCCAGACACCAAACGCAGACACCAGUACAGGAUGUGUUGACAUCUCACAUCAUCCCAGCAGCUCUCCUUAGUACCAUGGAGCUCGCUUUGCAGGCCUCUGCUUCAUCUGCACCACUCUACAACACUAGCCUGCCAACAAAUCCCUCAGGGAAUUACACUAUUGACCAAAUCUCUGAUGUCAACCUAUUUGAAAUCCUUGGUCCAAAACGAUCUCCCUUCUUUUGUCCAGUGACCAUAGUUUACCUUCUCAUCUUUCUCACUGGUUUGACUGGAAAUCUGCUUACAUGUGCAGUUAUAGCAAAGCACAAGAAGAUGCGAAACCCUACCAACUUUUAUCUAGUGAGCCUAGCUGUGUCUGAUCUCCUUGUGCUUAUGUUUGGAAUGCCCUUAGAGAUUUAUGACCUCUGGCAAAACUACCCAUUUCCCUUCGGUGAAGGCGGCUGCUACUUCAAGACCUUCCUUUUUGAAACCGUCUGCUUUGCCUCCAUCCUCAACGUCACAGCGCUGAGUGUGGAGAGGUACAUUGCCGUUGUACAUCCUCUCAAAACACGAUACCUGUCGACCAACCAGCAUGCCAAACGUGUCAUCACAAUUGUGUGGGUGGUGUCGAUGAUCUGUGCAAUCCCCAACACCUCACUGCAUGGCAUUUUCUACUUGCCAGAAAGAAUGGAGGAGUCAGCCAUAUGUGCUGUGCUCAAGCCCAUAUGGAUCUAUAACUUAGUCAUGCAAAUCACAACUGUGUUCUUCUACUUUGUUCCAAUGAUGAUUAUUACCAUACUGUACUUAGUGAUGGGCAUUCAUUUGAGCAGGGAAAGGCAACAUGCCAGAGGGAACUUAGGAAAGAAUUGCUGUAGCAGCACCAGAAAGAAGAUCAGCGUGGAGAACAGGCGCAGAAGACAAGUCAUCAAGAUGCUUUCAAUUGUGGUGGGAGUGUUUGGAGUCUGCUGGGCGCCCUUCCACAUCGAGCGGCUCCUGUGGAGUUCAGUCAGUCAGUGGACUGACUUGAUGCACAACGUUUAUCAGUAUGUCCACCUACUAUCGGGCAUCUUCUUCUACCUCAGCUCUGCAGUCAACCCUAUCAUCUACAGCCUACUCUCCACACGGUUCAGGGAGUGUUUCCGGGAACUUGUGUGCUCUCACUUGGAAGACAACAGCUCUGUCAGAGACUCCCCACCUAAUAUUCUGCUGGAGCCCUCUAUUUCAAGGUCCAGAACUCUGACAGAGGGUAAGGAGUCCAGUUCUAUCAUCCCUUUGCUGUCACCUAACGUAAGUAUGGACACUGCAGUCCUCACUUACAAGUGCAAAGAGACGACUUGCAAGACCUCUGUGUUCUGAAAUAUGUUUUAAAUGAGUAAAGAAGCAGCUAAAUCAGAGUCACUUUGAUACGAUAGACUGAUAUUUGGGGACAUGUUUAUGUGCUUUAAUACAAACAGACUGACAUUGUAUUGAAUAUCAGUCUUCUGCUGCUACUAGUGGAAGCAGUUAGCCUGACACCAUCAGAAGCUGAAUUUAAAUUGAAAAA